AUGUACUCCUAUGUCCCCGCCGUGUCCCUCCAGGCUGCAGUGAUGGACCCAGACCCACGCAGUGAGGGGCUCUACAGCCAAGACCCCCCAAGACCACCGUGUGUCCCAGUGUCCCCCCGCCCCAGGGACAAGGCGGUCUCAGGUGUCCCCAAGAGAGGCAGUGGCCCUGUGUCCUGCCCAGUUCCCCCCUCAGGUCCCCCUGGGGGGACCCCACAGCUGGAGGUGCUGCUGAGGCAGGUGCACAGCCUGAAGAAAGUCUGUGAGACCACGACAGAGGAGCUGGUGAGGGCACAAGACCGCAGGGAGGAGCUGCGCCAGGAACUGGAGCAGCUGGAGCAGCAAAAGGAGGCGCUGGAGAGGUCCUGGAAGCAGGUGCAGGAGUCACUGCAGAGAGCACAGCUCCAAGGGAAGGAGGUGGAGGCCAAAGGUCAGAGGUGCAGUGGGCUCUGCCUGGAGCAGCACCAGGACCUGGAAGGGACAAAGCAGCGGUUGGAGCAGCUGAAAAACCUGCGCCGGGAACAGAGGUGGCAGCACUGCCAGCAGCUCGAGGCCAUCACGGAGGAGCUCAAGCACCUGCGUGUCACUCACGCUCCAGCCCACCUGAAGGCUGAACUGGUGAAGCUGGAGAAGAUGAAGGAGAAGUGGCUGAGCUUGGAGCGCUGUUUGAAGGACACCGAGGAGCAGCUGGGCCCAGAGGGAGCCAUGCUCUGGCGAUUGGUGCAGCAGGAGCAGGAGGGGGCGGAGCGACUGCUGGAGGUGGAGCUGGGCCGGCAGCAGCUGAGCCUGCAACGCCGUGACAGGUUGGCAGAGGAGCUGCAGCAGCUGCAGCGCUCCCAGGAGGCUCGCCCAGAGUGA